AUGAAUUUAACCAACAGUUUCUCAUUCGAAUCAGAAGAUUCCAGUAGUAUAGAAUUAGGUGAUUCAGAUUUUAAGAUAUCGAGAUUCCCUUCAAUAAGUGACUACUCAAUAAGAGAUGAUAACGAAAUAACAUCUUCAGAUUCUGAUUAUACAUUUUCUUGGAAAUAUGGUAAGAGCGUUCUAUCUCUAGCAAGUUUGGUCGAUUUAUCAAACUCAAAUGUUGUAGAUAAAAUUGGGACAGAUUCUAGUAAUGGUAACUGGGACAUUAGAAACAGUUGUGAUAGUAGUUGUCAUGACGAUACUGUUAUAGAUAUUGGGUCUGAAUCCUAUUUAAGUUUGUUCGAGAUCUUUAAAGAAUUGACUGAAUUUGAUAAUAUUGAUGAAUUUAAUUACGAGUAUGAGAACUCAACAAUUUCUCAAUUAUUUACAGACGUCCUUUACUUCACUAAAAAGAGAUUUCUAAAUUUUGAUCAGCUCAAUUUGGAAGUAAGCAACCUUAAUAAAAAAUUGCAAGAUAAUAAGAAUGUGAUAGAAUCUAAACAGAGCUCAUUAAACAGAACUCAUAUAUCUACGAUAGCAUUGGAAGAAGACCUUAAUCAAUUAAUUUCAAACAACCGUAAAAAUGCGUAUAAAAUUCAUCGUUCGAUAUAUUAUUUUGAAGCCAUUUCUCUAAUACAGAAGAGGAAUAACAGUAUUACUAUUAUUAAUAACGACAGUAAUUUAUCAAACUAUGGCAAUAAUCUUGAAUUGCUAAAUUGCAGGAUUGUUUCAAAUUUAAAUAAGCUAUUGACUGAAAGUAACUUAAAAAAGAGACUGUUGUGUGAUAUCAAAGAAUUAAUUGAACAAAUAAACUUUAUAUUGUUUAUGAAUAAAAAAUUGUUUGAAAUUACUUUAUUGCAAAAUUCUAAGAAGGCAAUACAAUUAAUUACACCCUUGAUCAAUUCCAAAUCUGGACAUUUGGAUAUAAGCCAGAUAUUCAAGUUGACGUUGGCCAGUAGUGAUUAUUUUUCAAUUCAUUCUGAAUUUAUGAGAACGAAAAAUGAUGAUAAAAUCAAUGUGCUACAAGAAAGGAUUUGGAAUAAAAAUUAUAAAACUCUAUUCUGGCCACACAAAAUUAGACUUUUAAUGGAAUUUCUGUUUGAGAUAUUUAAAUUUUUAUUGCCUUUAGAAGUGUCCAAUCAAUGCGACACUUGUUUAAGAGAUUCGGUUUUAGACUUAAGUAUGAUAUCAGAUAGUAAGGAAAUUUACAACAAAGAUGUUAAGAAAUACUUUAAAAAUUUAUCUAAUGUUUUGGAAUUACUUUUAAUUUGCCUAAAAACAUCACCGGUAAUUACUGAUUAUAAAACAUGGAGAUACUAUGAAAGAGAACUUAGAAGUGAAACUUAUAAAUUUAAUAAAACUGAGUCAAUAACCUUAUCACUCACAAAAGAGUUACUCUCAUUGGUGAAUUAUUAA